UCUUCCUGAUUGAUCGUUGACUCCGUCAGAGUUCAGAGUUCACGCCGAUGUCGUGUUGAUACUCCCCACCCACCAAAAGCGCUUUCGAUUUAGGCGGUUCUCCUACGAGCGAUGUGAUGACCUUCCUGCGGUUGUUCCUGCGGAGGCAGUUGCCCAUGGCCGCGUCACACUUGUCCCGCAUCGUCGCGAGACCGCCGCGGCCUCCUGGCGGUGUUCAGUCUGGCACCACGCGGCGGCAAUUUACGGAGAAGGGGCCGUGGGGGAAAAGCCCGGCACCGGAGUUACCACCGCAGCAAUAUCAGCUCACUGCUCUCGACAAGGCGGACGCUUUGAUGCUGAGGAAGUCUCACGAAACAGGUUUCCUCUCGUGGUUCCGAAAUGGUCUGCUUGCAACGGGAAUCGGCGUCAUCGCUUUCGUGCAGAGCGAAGUGGGACGAGAGGCGGCAUACGCCUUCUUCAUCCUGGGCGGCGCCUGCGUGUCCUUCGGCGGCGCCUCCUACGUGGGCAGCCUCUUGACCCUGCGGAGGCUGAUGCUGCUCUCCGUGCCCGCCCUGUUGAUCCAGGGCGCCGUGGUGGGCAGCGUGGGUCUUUUCUGGCUGUGCGCCGUAUCCCUCUACAUCGGCCGCCUGGAGGUGGAGAUCAUCCACGAGGACGACGACGAGGGUGAAGAGUGCCAGGAGUGCCGCGAUAGACGCGAGCACGGCAGCUACCGAGGCCCGCCCCACGACAGGAGGCACCCCAAUGCCGAUGACGGGAAGAACAAGGGGGCCGACAAGUAGACGUCUUCCAGUCUGUGUGCGCGUGCAAAUGUGGGUGUUAAAAGGGCCAAAGCCAACUAUGGACUUAAAUUACAGGGCCCCUUUUUUACUAGUUACCCCACGCAUCAUUAUCUACACUCUCAGGCCACAACGUUAGGUACACCUGCACAAUCUAAUGAGAUUCGUUAUAAAUCCAAUUUUUUUGUGGUGGAGUGAUAUAUUGUACUCAAAGCACUUCUGUUUCUGAUGCAGAAAAAUUUGACAUCAUUAACAUCAAAAUUUACUGGUUAAUUCUACUUAAAAUCUUUGACGGUGUCAAUCAAAAAUGAGAAUUUGCAUGUACAGUGGAUUUGAAAAUUCCACACAUCCCUAUUUAAAUAUCCAUUUGUUGUGAAAAAAAAUUAGACCAAGAUAAGUGAUUUUAAAACCAUUGUGCCCCGUAAACUGUACAAUUAAAUAAAAUGAAAGAGAGGGGAAGUAAAAAUCAAUAGCUGAGAUAAUUGGGUUGCACAAGUGUACAUACAGUAUGCCAUUACCAUUCAUCUUAAAAUUCAUAUUGGGAAUCAGCACACACCUGCCACAUUUUAAAGUGUCUCUGAUUAAUCCCGAAUCUAGUACAAAUGUACUAGUAGGCUUUUCCUGAUAUUUGCCUGAAGUUUUUUUCUGUCACUGACUGCUAUUUGGAACUGUUCAUAAUUCGUUUCUGACCAGAAAACAUUUGACCACAUGUGUUGGGAGAUUUUUUUUUUUUUUUUUUUAUAUGUCGGUGUUGGCACAAAACUUUUAGGCUUCUGCUGGAAAGCAAAAAAAAAAAAAA